GGCAGUUUCAACUGCUUUCUCCGCUGCUCGUUGGAAUGAGCUUGACAGAUAGAUACAAAGUAGUCAAGAUGGCGAACGACAGUCACGACCGACUCCUCACGCCUACGGAAGCCGAAAUCGAAUGGGACUACAGCAAACCGCGACUUCGUGCGAACGUGAGACGAAAAGCGAACGGCAAACAGAAAUCUCCGAGAGAUAGGAGAGCGCUGGCGAACAAACUGAAACGAGGUUGUGACGAGAAUGCUCUCGAUAGGCUCUGCUCUCCCUUAAAUCUUCGCUCGCGAUCCUACAAACAGAGAAAGUCAAGAGAAUGUGAGAGUGAUGGGCGGUCUCGACGUGCCAAGAAAACGGCUCAGACGAGAGAGAGACUUAGAAGUCUUGUGUUGCAAUUCGAGGCGUUUGAAGCUGAUGGCAAUGAUCAACAUGUCAGUGUCGGUGGAGAGGACCUGGAGGCAUUGUGUGCGGGAAUCGAGAAUGAAACGUGGGAGAGUGAUGAAGGAGAUGUGGGACAGCGUGUUAGCCGUGAUGAUGACAGUAGUCGCCGUCACGAUCCGGUCGUAGAAUUGACUGCAUCGAUACGUUCAGAGGAAGAAGGAAAACGAAGUGUGGACUCUGAAGGAUGUAACCUUGUACAGCCAAAUGAUAUCAGGAGUGCUGCAACAAAAGUGACGCAGACCUGCUCCCAAGAAGAAAUUCAAAGAAAAAAGCGACUUGCCAAACAGAAACUAAUGAAGAAGAAAUUCUUGUUGAGAUAUCAACGACCACAGUGAAAUGCAUUGUUGCAUUAGAACUAUCACGAAGCUAUUUACGUUUCUUAGAUUUACGUCCCUUUGAGUGACCUGAUGAUGUUGAUGCCGUUGCUGUACCUCCCUCUGACGGUGAUUCAACCACGAUUUGUCCAUCUUGUAAUUCCUAGGCAGAGUAUUUUACAAGACUGUUUAAUAUCAAUGACUAUUAAUUGCAGUGGAGUAAUAAUUUACUUGUUUCUGUUCAUCCGA